AUGCUGGUCACAAAGGAGCAGAGCAAGCCGCUGCUCUGCCCGGGAGCCAAAGGCAUCUGGGCAGAUGGGGGCAGACUGCUGCUGCUGCUUCAGAGCUUCACGGUCUACACGGAAAACCUGCUCAGUGACCAAGCUGUCCCCCCGGCGCAGGCAGUGGGACCCUGCAUGUCUGCGGGGCUGACGGCGAGGAGGUACUGGUGUGGCAUGCUGAAACUGGGGGCCUUCUACCAGCAGCUCCUGGCCGAGUCUCACAAUAAUUCAUCUGGCAUAACCAGGAGACAGCACAGGAGGUGGGAAAGAAGGGACGGUCACGAGAAGGGGAGACGAGGAGCAGGUUUCACUGCUGAGGCUUCCUGCUGCGAAACCGCAGCUCUGCCAACUCUGUUUGAUCUGGGCCGUGUUUUCGUUCUGUGCCCUCUCCGCCAGAAAAAGGCUUGCAGGAAGGAGAACCCCACAGAGCGAUCCACCCCCAAGGAUGGGAAACCAAAGAAAGAGACCCUGAAACACUGCUCGCCUGCUCCUUUGGAGUUAAGACCUUCCACAGAAGUUGCCCGGUCUGCCUCUCCACGCCUGUCAUUGGGUGUCCGUGUGCCACUUGGCAAUGCCUUGUGCAGCUCCCUGCCCAGGGCUGCCCGCAGCAUGACCGAAAGCAGCCGCAUCAUCCUCCCGCAGAUUACAGGGUCGUCUCUGGCACCCUGUGACGCCUGCGCCAGCGUCCAGGCCAGCCUCCGUGAGGUUGGCAAAGCCAUCACCAGCAUCUGCCAGAGCCAGAACAUCCCCUCGGCUCUCAGCAGGUUCCAGGAGAUGGUGGCGGAGACCCCAGGGAGGAUGACCCUCUCUGCAAUGGACAUGAGCUACUGGGCCUCGGAGCAGAGCAAGGACCUCUCCCGGAUUAGCAAACACCUCCAGGUGUUGCUGCAGCAGGUCAACCCUCUGAAGUCUGAGCUGGAAGAGUCAGAGAAACAGAAGGACAAGCUGCAGAAACAGGUUGAGGACCUUUCCCGGUUGCUUCAGGCACAGAAGAAGACCCAAGCGCAGCAGAGGAAGCAGGCUGAGCGGAACCUGGAAGUAAAGAACAAAGAGCAUUUAGAGGCUGUAGCCAGGCUGGAGCGGGACAAGGACGACCUUCGGAGAGGAGCUGCUCUGCUGGAAGAGCGACUCUCCGCCUUAAAGGAGGAGCUGGCUGCGAAGCAGGCUGCUGUGCAGGAGCUGGAGGUGACCAAGACAACCUUGCUGGAGGAGAUGAGGACCACGAUGGUGGCCAGGAGCCAGAUGCUGGAGCUGGAGGAGAAGGUACAGCUGCUCACGAGCCAGCGGGAGAGCCUGGGCCAGGAGCUGAGCACCACCACCAUCCAGCUGGAGAAGGAGAAGGCCAAAGUGGAGAGCAUGCUGAGGCACCAGGAGUUCACGCAGGCCAAGCAGAAGGCCCUGGUCCAGCAGCUCAACAGCCUCGACCAGGAGCGCGAGGAGCUGCAAGCCAGCCUGGGAGAGGCCGAGGAGGACAAGGCCAAGCUGGCAGAACAGCUGGAGGAGAGCCGGGAGCAGAGCAGGCACCAGCUACGGGUGCAGCAGGAGCUGGCGGACAUGCUGCAGCGGGAGAAGCUGAGCCUGGAGCAGUCUGUCUUGGAGGUGCAAGCGAAUGUCUCCAAGCUGGAGGAGCAGGCACAGAAGCUGAAGGAGCGGGAGAGGCUCCUGGUGCUCUUCCCUGAUCUCCACAUCCCCACUGAGACGCAGUUUGAGAGCACCGGGAGCUUGACCGAAGACAUGGAGAACCAGCUGCAGGCCAACAGCAUCCGGAUCAGCGUGCUGGAGGAGGAGAACGCACGGCUUAAGUCUGCGCUAGCCAAGCUGAAGGCAGCUGCUAAGCAGGGCGUGCUGAAGUUCGUGCCGGAGACCCAGCUGUGGUCUCAGCUCAGCAGCCAGCACAGCGGGGAGGCCCCCAGGCAGGAUGCAGGCCGAGCAGCCGAGGCAGCACGGGCAGCACAAGGACGCACAGACGUGCAGGCCGAGGCCCAGCAGCAAGCGCCCAGCAGCCAGCUCGCGAAGCCGCCCUCGGCGGAGCCUGCGUGCAAGGCCGGACCCUGCCUCUCGCUCCUGGCUGAGCACCUGGUGCUCGGCCCCCCCGAGCCAAGAGGCAGAGGCAGAACAUUCCCCGUCUCCUCUCACCACACUGUUCGCUACUGCAAAUAA